AUGCGUGCCGCUCCGUGGUUGGCGGCUGCCAGCUACAUCACUCUCAGCUCUGCCCAGGACGCGACGAACGCAACCAUCUCCUCGGACCCGAUUGAAAAGGUUCUCAAGUCGCUCAAGCUCAUUCCUGAUGGACUGGUCGGAGUCGCCGCUGUGCUUCUCGCUGCGAAAGCCAACGAUGCUCAGGAUCAGAUUCUCGGGACGCUGAAGAAUCAGACGUUGAGCGAUCCACGCAAAUUGACGGAUCCGGAGGCGUACUAUUCGUAUGGACAGAGUCCGGCGGUGUAUCCUUCUCCGCAAGGAACAGGCCCGGCCAACUGGUCCACCGCCUACGAAAUCGCCCGCUCUCUCGUCUCGCAAAUGACCGUCGAAGAGAAAGUCAACCUCACCAUUCCGGCCUAUGACUUCGCCGGCUGUUCUGGUUUCUCCGGCUCAGUUCCACGUCUCGGGUUUCCAGGUGUUUGCCUCAACGAUGGACCCUCUGGAGUUCGAGCCGGCAACACCAACCACACCAGCGGAUUUCCUGCGCAGAUCGCCAUUGGAGCGAGCUGGAAUCGCACGCUGUCUUAUUGGAGAUCGAAGCAGAUGGGCGUGGAGUACCGUGCAAAGGGCGUAAAUGUUGCGCUGGGGCCGGUGGUGGGACCAUUGGGACGGGUUGCGAAGGGUGGGAGGAAUUGGGAAGGAUUCACCAACGAUGCAUAUCUGGCGGGACAGCUGGUUGGUCCGGCGGUGGAGGGACUGCAGGAGAGUGUGGUUGCUUGUGUGAAGCACUUCAUCGGCAAUGAACAGGAAACGCAACGAAACCCAUUCCUGGCGGGAUACCUGGCGGUGGCGGGCAUCAACCUGAACAACUCGGUCUCGGCGAACAUUGACGACCAAACGAUGCACGAACUAUACCUGUGGCCGUUCUACGAUGCAGUCAGAGCUGGUGUGGGAUCUGUCAUGGCGUCGUACAAUCGAGUGAACAACUCGUACGCUUCCCAGAAUAGCAAGCUAUUGAACGGCUUGCUGAAGACGGAGCUCGGGUUCCAAGGCUUUGUCGUCAGCGAUUGGGGCGGCCAACACACCGGCGUCGCCUCUGCCAACGCAGGUUUAGACAUGGUCAUGCCGUACGGUAUCUGGUGGGGCAAUGGUCAGCUCGAGCAAGCAGCGAACAAUGGCUCUGUCGAUGCCUCCCGCCUCGACGACAUGGCGACUCGUAUCGUUGCCAGCACAUCUCGCUUCGCCAACAUCACCAACCCAGGCAUCGCCGCAAACAACGACACCGACCCAUCCAGUGAGCUCACCACCCAAGUCCUCCUCGAAGCCGCCAUCGAAGGCCACGUCCUCGUCAAGAACGUCAACAACACCCUCCCCUUCAGAUCCCCCUCCGUCAUCUCCAUCUUCGGCUACGAUGCCAUCUCAGGACUAAACACCUCCGCCGACGACCCCGAUCUCUGGCCCAACUCCCUCGCCAACACCCAAGCCUACGCCCCUCCCGACGACCGCACUUUCGGCUACCUCGACUUUGUCCAAUUCUCCGCCAGCGUCAUGGGCCCUCAAGACUACAUGCCCUCCAUCGCCCUCAACGGAACCCUCAUCUCCGGCGGCGGCUCAGGAGGUGUCACUCCCUCCUCAAUCAUCUCCCCUCACGAAGCCAUCGUCCGCUACGCCCUCUCCCACGGCACAAUCCCCUUCGCCAACUUCGUCUCCCCAAACCCCGUCGUCCUCAACCCCGGCGGCCCCUGCAUCGUCCUCAUCAACGCCCAAUCCGUCGAGUCCGCCGACCGCCACGAAUUAUCCGACGACUACUCCGACACCCUCGUCACCAACGUCGCGAAACAAUGCAACAACACCGUCGUCGUCAUCCACAACGCCGGCAUCCGCCUCGUAGACAACUGGAUCGAAAACGAAAACGUCACAGCGGUAAUCUACGCCCAUCCCGCCGGCCAAGCCACCGGCGACGCUCUCGUCUCCAUCCUCUGGGGUGAGACAUCCCCUUCCGGCCGCUUACCCUACACAGUCGCGAAGAAAGAGUCCGACUACGGCGCUCUCCUCGACCCCACUUACCCCACCACCGAACACCCACAAUACGCCCAAUCCGACUUCGACGAAGGCGUGGUAAUCGACUACCGCCACUUCCUCAAAGAAAAGAUCGAACCCCGCUUCCCCUUCGGUUUCGGUCUGACGUACUCCAAUUUCACCUACUCCAACCUCUCUCUCGAGCAACACCCCGAGGUCGACCGCUCGAUCGUGCCGUGCGAUAUACCCACCAACUCCUCCUCCCCCCACCCAGAGGGAGGUCUCGACUCGCUGUACGACGUGCUGACGACCAUCCGCGUCACGGUGGAGAAUGUCGGCGAGGUGGAAGCGGCGGAGGUGGCGCAGUUGUACCUGAGCAUUCCCGGGAGUGCGGCGGAGAAAGUGUUGAGAGGCUUUGAGAAGAAGGUGUUGCAAAAGGGGGAGAAGGCAGAGUUUACAUUCGACUUGCGGAGACGGGACUUGAGUCUUUGGGACUCCGGCAAGCAGAGUUGGGUCCUGGGACAGGGCGUGUUCGGGGUAAUGGUGGGCCGCAACGUGCUCGACACGGAGGGUUUGACGGGGGGAUUUGAGUUGUGA